AGGAAACUCCAUUUCAGAAAUUUUUAUCACAAAAUUCUCCUCUCUCUGUUUUCAAAGUGUUUCUCCACCUAGUCUCUUCCACAAGAAAAUGGCAAGCUCAAGUGUGGGAAUGGCCUGUCUUGGGCUAGUUUUAUGCAUGGUGGUUGGGCCAAGCUUGGCCACGGUUUACACUGUUGGUGACACCUCUGGCUGGGCAACCGGUGUCGAUUAUAGUAGUUGGGCUAACGACAAGACCUUCAAAGUUGGGGAUUCCCUCGUUUUCAAUUACCCAACAAGCCAUACAGUGGAGGAGGUAAGUUCUAGCGAUUACAGUACAUGUACGGUGGGGAAAGCAAUCUCGACAGAUAGCACCGGAGCCACCACCAUCAAUCUGAAGACCGCCGGUACUCACUACUUCAUUUGUGGUGUGGCUGGUCAUUGUGAGAGCGGCAUGAAGCUUGCGAUCAAAGUGGAGUCUUCUUCUUCUUCAUCUUCCACUGAUAAACCAUCAACCACUUCACCAUCUACUACUACGACGACUAAGAUCCCGGAUUCAUCUUCUUCAUGGAAUCUUUCACCGGUUCUGGCUUUUGCUACAACUUGGGUCGCAUUGUGCGUGAUGAUGGUUGUUUCAUAAGCUUUUGGUGGCUAAAAUGGUGGUUGGCUUGGCCAGGAUAGAGGCAGUGCUUUGUUUGUAUUGAGGAUUAUUGCUUUUAUCUUAUGAAUGAGAACCUUACUUGUUCUGUUU